UUCAAGAAGUUAGUGUUUUUAAACGUUUAAUAGAUAUUCUGUGUGGAGGAGACGUAGCAAUUAAUGCGGAAUUAUUUUGAAUGUAGCUCGCAUCAGUCGAAGGAGUUGCCCCCUAUAAACAGCAUCAAAUUUAUGAUAAGAGAUUACAAAGGUUUUCAAGCUAAGCGUGAAAAGUGCCGUGUUUUGUAUGGAUUUAAAUCAAAAUGCAACCUUUCUGAACAGUUUAGAAUAACUUUAAUCUGCGUUGAACUCUCUGAUUGGUGAUUAUUCACGGAUGGACCUGGUGGCUGUCGCCUGAGUCCAUCGUUUACAAGCGGCGCCGAUGAGCAGGAUGGUGGAGCGGUCGGACCGAGACCCUCUGCUGGACUGGGAGGAGAUCCCGUCCGCGGAGAAACCCGGCGAUGAAGCCCCGGCUGCCUCCCCUGCAGAGGAGCGUCCGUCAGACAGCCGCGGCGCAGCGGGAUGCUCGGGGUUUGGGUGGAGCAGCGGAUCUGGGGGUCCUGCUCCUCCCAGCAGGUCCGAAGCAGACGGCUGCAGCGCCCCGCCCGUGACCUCCAGCGCCCAGCCGGCGGCCCUAGAGCGAGCGCAACCGCCCGACAAGGAGGAGCAUCCCUCGGAUGCAGGGGCGAGGGAGGUGUCGCUGGAGGACAGGAUGGUGAAGUGGGAGGAAAAGGACCAGAUUGUGUCUGUCUUUGUUGUUACAUUUAAUACCAGAACAGGAAACAUGUUGGAGUGGUGUCUGCCCAAAGACAUGGACCUGGAGGGGGUGGAGUUUAAAGCCAUCGCUAGCGGCUCCCACAGAGUCAGCACAGACUUCAUCUACUUCCGGAAAGGCCGCUACUUUGGCCUCGCCUGCUUUGCCAACAUGGCUGUGGAAAGUACAGAGGAGAGGGGGGCCAGGAUGAAGUCGGUUGGGAUCCUCUCUCCGUCCUACACUCUGCUCUACAGAUACAUGAGCUUCCUGGAGCACCAGGUCAGGCUCCAGCUUCAGUCCCCAGGUCACUAUUCUCCACUGGAGGCCUUUUAUGAGGACAAGAGAGCGCUCCUGCCCCCCAGUGGGGAGCAUGUUGUUACUGCAUUUCCAGCCAAUGCGUGGGGAGCUGCGAUUAACCACAGCAUGCACCCUGAGAUGAAGAUCACCCACCCAGCAGGCUGCAUGUCUCAGUUCAUUCGCUUCUUUGGGGAGCAGAUCAUGGUGCUCUGGAAACUGGCUCUCCUGCGAAGACGGAUCCUGAUCUUCUCUCCUCCGCCUGUGGGCGUGGUUUGCUACAGAGUGUACUGCUGCUGCUGCCUGGCCAACAUCUCCAUCCCAGGGGUCGGUGUGGCAGUACCCGAGUUCCGGCCUUUCUUCUACGUCAACGUGGCGGAUAUCAGCGCCCUGGAAAACGAACUCUCCUAUGUAGCAUGUACGACUGAGAAGAUCUUUGAGGAGAAGAAAGAUCUGUAUGAUGUUUAUGUUGAUAAUCAGAAUGUGAAGACCUACAGAGACGGGCUGAAGCCUCUGCUCCGCCUCAGCGCCGCAGACAGGGAGAAAUACCGCAAGCUUACAGAGCAAAGGCAGAUGCUGCUGUAUUCCCAGGAAGAGAACGGUGACUGCAUGUCCAGCGAGGAGGACCUUUUUAUUUUGUUUUUCCUGGAGCAGAAUAACCGGAUUUUCCAGACUCUGAGCGAGGUGGCGGGGAGCCCGGACCCCACCAUCACCCAGGACAGCGUGAGGGCCAUGGGUCUGGAUCCCCAUGGAGACAGACUAUUCCUGCUCCAUCUGCUGGAAAUUUACGGCUAUGACAGCCUGCUGGUUUCAGAGCAGCUGUGCUGCAGCUGAGGUUUUUUUUUUUUGUAUUUUUUUUUUCUCCAUCACUUCUGCUUUUAAAACAAGCGGGGGGCUGUCUGUCUCAGAAUGCUGCUGCAUCCAGAAGACUUCAUGUCAUUGCCUACUGAGGGUCCUUUCUAAGACAGCCAGAUGCUCUGAACUCAGUGGUCCGUUCUACUUUUCAGAGACUUGCAGAGAUUUUCAUACAGCUGUGUUUGAGCCAUGUUUUUUUAUUUUCUAGGAACAUUUCAUUGACAAGAUAAAAGGACGAAAGCAGGCUUCCUGUAAAUAAGGCUGGUUUGUUCUUUAUGUAUUGUGUGAAAUCAGGUCUGCCAGUAUUGCACUUCAUAAUAGAGACUUGUGGCCCGCUUUAUAUAAACCAAUGUCUGAGGUCUUUCAACAGUUCAAACUGCCUUUAACAUCAGCAUGUUGGUCUGUAACGGCACCAUUAAAGUGACUUUUAGGGAAACCAUGUCUGAACAUUAAAAGGCUAUAGAGAUGUUAUGCUGGGCUUUAUGCACUUUCAGACAGCAGCCAGUCGAGCUUUAAGAUGUAUCCUAAUAACGGUAAACACCAAUUUAGCUCCAGGAGGGAAAAUGAAGUAAUUUUAC